CAGGGACAGUGCUGGGAGGUGGGUGACAGCUGUGUCCCAGGGAGAAGCGCAGGAGGAGCAUGCCUUUGCGCCAGCCCUGAGGAGCAGGCUUGGAGCACACCUGCCCUGCUGGCACCAGGGAGAGGAAGGCCACAAGACUGCAGAGCAACGAAGCAGGACACCACCGCGGACAGGCUCAGGAAACUGAAGGAGGCAAAUGUGCACCAAAGUCCAGUGUGAAAGGGAAAAUCAGCAGUUCAUUCUCAGCCAUGAGCCAGCCCACCCCAGCCGCCACGGAGCUGCCCACGCUGCCGGAGGAGACGAGUGCGCCCUUUGGGGUGGCCGACAUCGUCGUUGUGGUUGUUUACUUCGCCUUUGUCCUCGCUGUCGGGAUAUGGUCAUCCAUACGAGCAAGCCGGGGGACCAUUGGAGGCUAUUUCCUGGCAGGACGAUCCAUGACCUGGUGGCCUAUUGGAGCAUCUCUGAUGUCGAGCAAUGUGGGCAGCGGCUUACUCAUUGGCCUGGCGGGCACUGGAGCAGCUGGGGGACUUGCUGUUGGGGGCUUUGAGUGGAAUGCUACCUGGGCUCUCCUGGCUCUCGGCUGGAUCUUUGUGCCUGUUUACAUCGCAGCAGGAGUGGUCACUAUGCCUGAGUAUCUGCAGAAGAGAUUUGGAGGGCAGAGGAUUCAAAUCUACAUGUCCGUACUGUCCCUCAUUCUCUAUAUAUUCACCAAGAUAUCCACAGACAUUUUCUCUGGAGCGUUGUUCAUUCAAAUCUCUUUGGGCUGGAACCUCUACUUGUCCACUGUGGUCUUGCUAGCAGUGACUGCUGUCUACACUAUAGCUGGCGGUUUAACAGCUGUAAUAUACACAGAUGCACUGCAGACGGUGAUCAUGGUGCUGGGAGCUUUGGUGCUCAUGUUCAUAGGAUUUGAAAAAGUUGGCUGGUAUGAAGGACUUAAGGAGAAAUACAGCACAGCAAUACCAAAGGUCAUAGUCCCCAACACAACGUGUCAUCUCCCACGUGCGGAUGCCUUUCACUUGUUCAGGGACCCAGUCACAGGAGACAUUCCUUGGCCUGGCCUUAUAUUUGGCCUCUCAGUGCUGGCUCUGUGGUGCUGGUGCACUGACCAGGUGAUAGUCCAGAGGUCUCUCUCUGCCAAGAACCUCUCCCAUGCCAAAGGUGGAUCAGUUCUGGGAGGGUAUUUGAAAAUCUUCCCAAUGUUUUUCAUCGUCAUGCCAGGAAUGAUCAGUAGAUCUCUUUACCCAGAUGAAGUGGGAUGCGUGGACCCAAACAUCUGUAAAAAGGUCUGUGGAGCUGCAGUGGGUUGUUCUAACAUUGCCUACCCUAAACUCGUAAUAGAACUCAUGCCUGAAGGGCUCCGGGGUCUGAUGAUUGCUGUGAUGAUGGCAGCCCUGAUGAGCUCCCUCACUUCCAUCUUCAAUAGCAGCAGCACUCUCUUCGUUAUAGACAUCUGGCAGCGGAUCCGCAAAAAGGCUUCAGAGCAGGAGCUGAUGAUUGUGGGCAGAGUCUUUAUUCUCAUUCUCGUAGUCAUCAGUAUUCUCUGGAUCCCCAUCAUUCAAUCAUCCAACAGCGGCAAGCUCUUUGACUACAUUCAGUCCAUAACCAGCUAUCUAGCGCCACCAAUCACAGCUCUGUUCAUCUUGGCAAUCUUCUGCAAGAGGAUUAAUGAACCUGGUGCUUUCUGGGGCCUCAUGGUUGGGCUGACUAUUGGUCUCGUUCGGAUGAUCAUGGAAUUUAUUUACAGCACACCGUCUUGUGGUGAGGAGGAUAGAAGACCAGCUGUGCUAAAGGAUUUGCACUACCUCUACUUUGCGCUCAUCCUCUGUGUCCUCACUGCCAUUGUCAUUGUCCUUAUUAGUCUCUGCACCCCUCCAAUCCCUGAAGAAAAGCUUGCUUGCCUGACGUGGUGGACUAGACACAGCAAAGCACCUGCCAUUGACCUUGAAAAUUAUAAGAAUGAAGCAGCACAGAUCAACCCGGCUUCUGGAGAGCAUGAUGUGGCUGAAAAUGCAGAGUUGGGUGAUAAAGAACGGGAAGCAGCCAAGCUUCCCUGUUGGAAAAUGCUCUACUUCUGGUUCUGCGGACUAUCCACCAGCCCUGUACCCACACUGUCCCAGGAGGAGAGAGCUGCUCUGGAAAGGAAACUCACCAGUAUUGAGGAAAAACCCCUGUGGAAGAACAUUUGCAAUGUUAAUGCUAUUCUGUUGCUGGCCAUUAAUGUCUUUUUGUGGGGAUAUUUUGGCUGAGGGUGGGGAGGCAGCAUGUGUCUUUGGUUUCUUUCACUGCUCCUCAUCGUCUCCAAGCUGGAGCUGUCAGAUGACAGAGAUACUUGUAAUGGUCCUCGGAGGUGCUGCUAGGCCCUGGCGCAGCCCUUCCCCAGAGGCACUGCUUGCUGGCAAUGAUUGUGGGGCUUGGUUUCUCCAUAAUUAAGAUGUGGUAUGACCAAGACUCAAAGCUGGUCACAUCCAGGGUUCAGGGGCUGUGUUGGACAGCAUUUGGGUCGAUCAGGAGACCUGGGGUCAAUUUUAAAGGCUUAGAGCUGAGGCAGAGAGGUUGGCUGCAGCACAUCCGCGGGCCUCCCUGCUCACAUGCCCUUGCUCUGGGUUGAUUUUGCACCACUGGGCUCAGAGGACUGACUGCUGGUUUACUCUGGUCUGGGGAAGGAGAUUUAAAUACUACAUGCUGAAUUUACAUGGCCAAAAUCUGAGUAUGGGUAUGCUGGAUUAGCUAACUCCAGGGACAGCCGUGUCUCCUGCACUCCCUAGCCAAAGCCACGGGUAACAACAGCUGGCUGCCGCUGUCCAGGGACCUGUGUUAGACACCCCCACAACGGCAACAGGGAAAGGGGCUUCACCUGCCCAGAUCCCCCUCGG